CCCCAUGAUGUGCGGCAGAGCCAGGCAGGCUGGAGAACUACAUUUCCCAGAGGCCUUUGCUGCUGCAGCUACGUCGGGGGACUGGGCUGAGCAGGAACAGGCUGCAGCUGCUGGUGUCUCCAUGUGACUGAGACCCGCCCCCCACAGCGAUGUCGGCCCAGGUGAAGGAUAAAGAGGCUUUCCAAAGGCUCAGCUUCCUCUACCAGGGGGCGAUGUGGGGCUGUUCCCCUCGCUCUGCAUCUCUUUUCCCCCUGCCCACCCCACAGGCAGCUCACUGUGUCCUCGCCCAGAACCCCGAGAACCAAGAGCUGGUGCGAUUCUACUGCCACACGCAGCGCAGCAUCAGCCGCAGGCUCGUCCUGAGACAGGACCCGUCAGUGAAGAGAACCAUCUGCAAAUCCUGCUCCUCCCUCCUGGUCCCUGGCAUCAGCUCCACGGUGCGCCAGAGAAGGUGCCGCGGCCGGCGCUGGUCCGUCGUACGGUGUCUCUGCUGCGGCCAGACUAAGCGCUUCCCAAGCAACCCUGCGUACAAGCUGUGGGCGGAGCAGCCUGAGGCCCUGCUGGAGAACCAGCCCCAAGCUGACCAGAAACCUGCAGCCCCCCAGGGACCCCCGAAGAAGCCCUCAGCACAGAAGGCCGAAACCCCCAGUGUGACCUCCGGUCUCCAGAGCCGCCCCACCCCGCAGGGGACUGCAGAAGCUGGGAGCCGCAUGGGGAAAGGGGGCCCAAGCAGGAGGUGACCCCCUGGGGAUGGCCGCGAGCAGUGGGCCAGUGGCUUGGAGCCUGAUCCCAGCCGGGGGUGGUAAGGACAGGCCUGGGGGAGGUUUUAGGAGACUCCGUUCGUAAGAGAGGUGCCAAGACUGAUUCGAAAACGGGGAGGAAGAGGAGCGACCCCCUCGAAACUAUCCACUCCUGGGGCACUGGCUGGCUCAGGGGGGUGGGGAAUGGGAUGCGGGGCCUUUCCCCUGUGUGGGGCACCAGCUCCCACCUGGGGCAGGGGACUGGCUGGCUCAGUGGGGCAAGGAACGGGACACGGGGCCUUUCCCCACU